GCUUGUUUUCUGAGGCCGUGAGUGACGCGUGUAAGGGGACCCAGCUGUUGGACUCGUCGAUCGACACAGAAUCGAGUAUGCUUCCCGCCUUGAGUCGAUGUAUUUCCCAAGUGAACUUCACGGGUGUUCGAGGACUCGUUCGAAUGUCACACUCGCUGACGCUCGCUAAUGACAAACGACUGGCACAAUGGAACAGAGCGAUUUCGAACGCGGAGAAAAUUGUGGGUCUGCCGAGUUCGAAUUUCACCAUGAAACUCCUGAUGAGCGACAGCGGAGUCGGCGCCGGAUCGCACAUCAGGAAACUGUUGAACACGACCCAUCCUGUGAUCAAGACGAUAAAGAAGCUCAUCUACAACGGAAGAAACAAUCUUCAAACGAGAGGGUUGGUGAUUUUACUGCUGUCUCGAUGCGCCGGCCACAUCGAAGGGAGCCCUCAGAUGCUCUUGGGUGAAUGGGAAGAGGCCACGGUGGACGGUAUUACGGAGCGUCAGAAAAAUCUUUCGGAAAUCGUUGAGAUGGUCUACACAUCGCAUCUUAUUCACCGAGACGUCCUCAACUUGUCUAGAGAGCUCAUCACGGAUGAGUCUCUAUUGAACGAUCUUCAGUACGGCAAUAAGAUCGCGAUCCUGGUCGGAGACAUACUCAUCGCAAACGCUUCGAAAAAAACUUCCGAGCUCAACAACUGCAAAGUUCUGGAGCUUAUCGCGAGCGCGAUCGGAAAUUUCAUGAAAAGUGAGUUUGUGGUGAGACACGACACGUUCGGGAAACCUUUCCCUGCGGCCUCGAUGACAAGCUCCCAUUGGGAGGACAGGAUUGUUCUGAAUUCCGGAGCGUUGUUAUCCAGUGCUUGCCAAUCAACGGUCUUGAUGGCUGGACACGGGGACAGUGCUCAGCAGAAAGCAAAUGAGUUCGGUAAAUGUCUCGGGCUGGUUUGGCAGCUACACGAGGAACUCCAACCGUUCUCUAAUUUAAUCUAUCAAGCUCCAGGCGCGCCGUUCGAUCUGACUUCAUUGCCCUGCGUUCUCUUCCUGGAACGGAAUCCCCACCUUGUCCAGUCGCUGGAAACCUCGCUGGAAAACAUCAACCAUAUCGAUUACUCUGACCUCUACACGCAGAUUCUGGCGUCAGGUUGCGUUGAGGAGGCGAACCUGCGACUGAACUCUUACGUGCAUGAGUGCCUCGCCAACCUCGACACGUUCGAUUCGUGCUACAAGGCCAAGCAAGCGCUAACCGACAUAAUCGAGGCCAUGAAACACGUCUGACACGCCAACGAGUCGGUAUGAGAAAUUAGAGUUGAGGGAAUUCUCCCCGGAUAAGAGGCACAAAUAGACUACACGCUAAACUUGUAUACUUGAAGGCCUAUAUACAUGAUCUGAGAUUAAGCGUCCAGAAAAUCCCCGUUUCGUCCUUGUGUGGUUCAUAUUUUGUGAGAAUGCCGCGCGAAAGUCGGUGACUCCGUUCUGGGAACGAAUGUUCCAAGAAGGAGUGCUGCUCCUACGAAGUCGGUCUAUGGACGAAUGACUCUACAGGGUCAAUGACGAAGCACACGGAUUAGAAUUUAGAAUAAUUAUACAAAUCGCUAGAUACAUCCUGCGGCUCAGAGAAUUUCAAUGGAUGGAUAUACACACAUCGUCCUUAAUUUAUUGUCUGUUAUCAUCUCGCCUGUUCAUUGUUGAUAAUAAACACUAUUCGUCGAAGUCUUU